GUCUGGUGCUCACGAACAAGACAAGCUUCACGCACGCUUUCAAGGGCUGAGGAAAGACCGCAGCGGCAGCCGACCACCAGUCAGCGCAUAUAUGGCCACAAUUGAGGUGUUGAUGAGGCGAACGUGAGAGGCGCUCAGCUUGGUUUGGCAGCCAAAGGUGGUGGCGCUUUGGACCAUCGUUCAGGUGUUGCUUUAGGGCUGGCUCAAGAUGCCUGUCCACGGCAGCUCGCUGCCCAAGAAAGGCCGCUAUAUGCCGAAGGCGGCUCAAAUGGACUAUUCUGAGCCCACAGAGUCGCCUUUUGCCUCAUCUUCGAGGGGUCACUUCUCCGCCAAGAACGAUCUCAAGCUCAAGAAUGGAGCCAGAAUAGCCCGCUACCAGGUCCUGCAGGGCCACGGAAGCGAAGAGAGAGCAAUGGAGAUCCUCAGAGAGGUCGGACGGGAGGUACGAGGCGUCAUGCGAGGAAGAGGGUGGUGGUGUCCGCUCCUCGUCGAGUUCAAUGGUGCUCCCGGUGCUAGAUCGAGUGAUCGGCAACUGCUAGGAAUGAAUCAGAACGCAGGACAAAAGAUUUACCUUCGUCUGCGGGAGCUCUCCAGCACAGACGUCACAAAGCCCAUCGACUCGUUUCUACCUCUCGAGGAGAUCAUCUCAACUAUGCUCCACGAGCUCGCACACAACGUUCGAGGACCCCACGACGAGAUUUUUCAGCGUACGCUCGACGAAUUGCACGAGGAGUACUUUGAGAGCAAACGUCAGCGCGCAAGGAAUGGAGGCAGACUAGAUGGAGAGGCCUUUGAUACGCCUGGCACGCGUCUUGGUGGAUGGUCAGGGAGCGGGAUGGGCGACGACCCGCUGAUACGACAUGUGGGGAAGAAGGCGGCCGAGCAAGCAGAGAAGAGACGGGCUGCUCAAAUUCUCAUGUCUGGAGGACAUGGAGGUGUGAGGCUGGGCGGGGCAGCUUCGGGUGCGCACUCUCCAAGUGGAGAAGCUGUGGCGGCUGCCAGCAGAAGAUUGAAGACGGAGCAACAAUGCCCUUCCACUGCUGCCGAGCAGGAAGGUGUUGUGAGGUGGCACGAGGAGGAAGAGCUGAGACAUGGCAUCAAGGUCAUCACCAUCCUCGACGAUGACGACGACGAUGGAGGGUCAGGCGAGACAGAGAAGGGUCAAUCGAUUGCGCCACAGGGCGCUCCUUCAUACAUGCAAGGCAAGCUGAAAUCGCAGCUUCUCCAACCGUCGAACAUUGUCACGAGUAGUGACAGCGCGAGCACAAGCAAAAGCAACUCGCCCCUCGCUGGACCUUCGAACACCACAAGCCGUCCUGUCCUUGAACCCAUCGCAAUCGACUCUUCUGAUGACGAAAGCCCUCAAAUCAUUGAUGACGACGGUGACGGCUUCCAGGAGGUCCGCGCCGUCAUCAAGAAGAAACCCCGUCUGGCUGCCAGUUCGUCCAAGAGUAACGCUCCUGCACAAGGAGCAGGCCGGCAGACUUCUUCAGCUUCGUCUUUGAGGCAACAGCAGCAGCAGCAGCAAAAGUCUGGCCCGCUAGCACGCGAGUCCAUCGCGGCAAAGGUCGCCCUAGAGACCUAUAGGGCCAUGCAGGCGCGCCGUGCCCAGGAGCGGCAGGGAGGUACAGCGAGCAGACGCUCAGAGUCUGGCUCUGGCUCUGGCUCUGGCUCUGGCUCUGGGUCUGGGUCUGCACACAGAGAAGGUGGGACAGAUGAAGUGGGGAGCGCUCCGCUCAGCAGCUGGACGUGCCAGACUUGCACAUUGUACAAUCCUCCGAGGGAAGAGCUGUGCGCUGCGUGCUCCUCUCCUCGACCCGGACUUCGACUGGAGCUGGGCUUGGACGAGUAGACCUUUCUGCUUUUGGCUUUUGGCUUUUGGCUGAGGACGCAGGACGCAGGAUGCAGGGUGCGGGGUGGAGGGUGGAGCUCGAUGUCGACGUUGGGACAGGG